CUCCAGGCGACACCAAGUAUCCGAGUCAAUUUGCUCCCUCCCUCUCGCCCUCCCUCCUCCCGCUCGUUGUCGGCGCCAUGCCUCUCACUCCUUCGACAAUGCGCGUCCCAUCCACCGCAAAAGCGGCUCCGGCCAUGACCCUCGUUCGCCACCGGUCGUCAGCGGCCAGCACAAGCGCAUCCAUGCUCGAGGCAAGGUCGAGGGUAAGAGAGCAUGCACGCAACAUCAGUCGUUCUACAGCCCGCGAAGCUACCGCAACGGGAGCGGUACGUCCGGCACCAGCCCCUGGGUUCCAGCAGGUGCCAUCGAAGAAUAACGUACCCAUGCCUCCCCCCAUGCUCGGGCCUCAUCCUGAAGGUCCCCUCGACCAUUCUUCGUCGGCAUGUCGGCGGCCAGAUCUUCCACGAGAUGAUGGUCCGCCAUGGGGUCAAGCACAUGUUGGAUAUCCCGGCGGUGCGAUCCUCCCUGUCUUCGAUGCCAUCUACAACUCGCCCCAGUUCGACUUUGUCCUACCACGGCACGAGCAAGGCGCAGGUCAUAUGGCGGAGGGCUACGCGCGCGUCACAGGAAGCCCGGUGUCGUGCGACUUCUCUGAUUGGCUCGACGCCUUCCAGGAGGCCGACAUCAUUGGCAUCUCGCGCUCAUGCACGAAGUGGAACGUCAUGGUCAAGGACGUUGCAGAGCUCCCGCGGAGAAUAACGAGCGUUCAAGACCCUCUGCCGUUCAAGGCGACUACCCCUGGCCGCCCCUCGGCCUCCCUCGAACCCCCUCCUUCCUCCGACCAGCCGACCGACAUGGUCCAGAUCGAGCGUGCUGCGAACCUCAUCAACCAGGCCAAGCGGCCCCUGAUCUACGCUGGCGCCGGUGUCCUCUCGUCCUCCCUGGGCCCCAAGUUGCUGAAGCAGCUCGCGCAGCAGGGUAACAUCCCCGUUACAACGACCCUGCAGGGUCUCGGCGCGUUCGACGAGAUGGACGAGAAGAGUCUGCACAUGCUGGCGGCCGCGGAGGGCCGGGGCGGGAUCAUCCACUUCGAAAUCCAGCCCAAGAACAUCAACAAGGUCGUCGAGGCGUCCAUCCCCGUGCUCGGCGACGUCGUGACGAACAUGGCGUCGCUGGUGCCCCUGAUCCGUGGCGCCCCGCGCGAGAAGUGGUUCGCAGAUAUCAAGAAGUGGAAGGCGGAGUUCCCGUUCACGUACGAGAAGUCCGCAGACGCGCCCGGCACGAUGAUGAAACCGCAGGAGGUCAUCGAGGAGCUGGACAGGCAGACGGCCGAUCGGAAGGAAGACGUGGUCAUCACGACCGGUGUCGGCCAGCACCAGAUGUGGGCCGCGCAGCACUACCGGUGGCGGCACCCGCGGAGCAUUGUCACCUCCGGCGGUCUGGGAACGAUGGGCUUCGGUCUGCCCGCAGCCAUCGGUGCGAAGGUCGGUGCGCCGAACAAGAUCGUCGUGGACAUCGACGGAGACGCGUCGUUCAGCAUGACCGCGAUGGAGCUGCAGACCGCGUCGCAGUACAACAUCGGCGUCAAGGUCAUGGUGCUGAACAACGAGUUCCAGGGCAUGGUCCUCCAAUGGCAAGACCUGUUCUACGACGCGCGGUACGCACACACGCGCAUGACAAACCCCGACUUCGUCGCGCUCGCGCGCGCGAUGGGCGUGCACGCCAUCCGCGUGGAGAGCGCGGCGGAGCUGCCGGCGAAGAUGAAGGAGUUCCUCGAGUACGACAACGCGCGUCCGGUCCUGCUCGAGUGCAUGGUCGAGACGAACGAGCACGUGUUCCCGAUGGUCCCCGCGGGCAAGGCGCUGCACGAGCAGAUCCUCCACAAGUCCCUGAUGGGCAAAUACGACCCGAACGGGCUGAUGAAGGCGUAGGCCCGUGUUCAUUGAGUGUGUCGCAUCUUUAUUUCGCAUUUGGGGUUUGUGGUCGAUCCCGAGCAUUCUUCGCAUAUCCGCUGCCGGUUCCGUCGUGCAUGAUCAUGAUUGACGAGAAGAAGCAAAAAAGUCCCCCUGUCGGUGUGGGACAAUCACUGUAGCUAUCAUCAAAUUUUGCGCACAACUAUUUUUCGUAGGUAGUCGAGUCGAGUCGCGCGAAAAGCAAUAAAUGAAUUGUGGAGGAGGUUCACUACGUUUGCAAA